UGCCCCCCCGGAUGGCAGAAUAAAACGCUCUUUCUCUGGAUUAACCCCCUGGUGUUGUUUGGCUCCUUUUGUCUCUGCUCGGGUGCAACAAUUAUUCCGACCCAUGGAUUAAUAAGGCUACAUAUUUCUGGUGCGUUGGCCGGGAAUAAGCACGUUCCCCGAGAUCGAGGGACAAAGAGGUCCAGGGCGUCACUGCAAGGCGAGCAGCUCGGGAUACCGGGUCAGCAGUUCCAGUGCACAUCCUGCCAACUUCGUGGGAGGAACUGGCCACCCGUUCCUGAGUGGACAUGCGACAAAGUGACGGAGAGAAAGAGCAACGGCCGUGCAGAAAGAAGGUACCUCGAGAAAAAAGGUAAACUGGCCAGAGGCUGUCCUGUUUAUCUACAGCUGUUAAAGUCACCGGCAUCUGUGACACCUGAUCUACACCGCCCACCAGAGGACCCAGACGCCCAGACAUCGCUCCAGCAUUGUUGGAAGAGACCCUAGAUGCCCAACGCCCACCAGACGACCCGACACCCACCAGACUACAGCCCUGCCUACGUCACUCCGGACGCUGACGCUUGGCACGGCUCCAGAAUCCAGCAUGGAUUGAAAGAGGACAUUUUCACAUUUUCUUCCCUUUCCUUUUGCAUAACUGAACUUUAUUGAAGGUACCUGGGCCUAGUUUGUUUUACACCACCCCUGCAGAGGAGGGUGUCUAGUGGGCCUUUUCUUUCAGCGUAAUUACACCCCAGCCCACUCUCUAGCACUUACCUAAGCCCCUCCCUGUGCAUACAAUGGCUCAAAUACAACUGUGGGUCCCCAUGCUGGUAUUUCUGCUGCCUUUGACCUUUGAAAUACCAAUACCACUCACAGUGACCAGACAACUGCUGCAAUCGUGGGGGGCCCACCACACAUAUAAUAAGUGGAUUCAGGUUGCUGAGAUGGUUGCGUUCUCUGCAAAUCGGACCAAUUGUGCCGUCUGCACUCUGGCCCCUGUAGAUGCUCUGGGAGGAAUGCCACUCCUCCCUGUGCCUUGGAAUGAAUCCUUGGUUACAACUCCACUUGUUGCCUUCCAGCCUCUGGGCAACCAUUCUUCUUUAUGGAAUCAUUCCGUCCCUUUCCAGGUCCACAGGAUCACUGGCUGCCUUUGUGUCAACAAAUCAAAUGACGCAAGUGACUCUCAGACCUAUGUGGGCACUUCCCACUGUGAUCGUACCUUCCCAGCCCCAACUAACAUGUUUGAGUCCGAGACAGGAACCUUUUCUGGUUCCAAUUUGACUACAUGCCUGGCCCGCUUGCUGAGAGGCACCAUAUCUGCCCAUGGUCAGGACGUUUACUGGGUGUGUGGCAGAAAGGCCUAUCAUGCCCUCCCAAGAGGAUGGUAUGGGGUCUGUUUUCCAGCCUACUUAAUACCCCCCAUGUGGAUUCCUGACCAGAUUGCCUCUGCACCCCGUAGAAGGAGGCGUUCGGCUGACCUGGCAACACUUGCAGGUGGCAGCUCCCAGAAUUGGGGCAAAAAUCAGUGGCCUCCGGAAAGGAUACUGGCCCAUUAUGCUCCAGCCUCAUGGAAUCGGAGAGAGAAAAUCUCUGGGGCAAGGGGGCCAAUCUAUAACUUGAACCGCGUAAUCAGACUCCAGGCAGUGGUAGAGAUUGUUGCUAACACGACAGCCACGGCCCUUAGGCUAAUUGCCACGCAAUUGGAUGAGACACGCAAUGCGUUUCUCUCAGUCCGAUUAGCGUUGGACUUUCUCCUGGCACAACAUGGCGGCUUUUGUGCAGCGUUAAAUCUCACAGGUGGGGCCUGUUGCUUUAACAUCUCUGAUCAUGGUGAGGCCAUUCGCAAUUUGGCAGCAGGACUUGAAACAGUGGCCCAUAUUCCUACCCAAACCUGGGAGGGAUGGGACAUGUCAUGGCUUGACUGGUUGCCAAACCUAGGAUGGGUAAAAGGCCUGUUUUUGCUGCUGCUAGGCCCACUUUUCAUUUUGCUAAUUUUUUGCUUUUCUGUACCUUGCUAACUUCAAAGCUUGCAUACAAUGACACGCAAUAUGAUUUCUCGCAUGCUUCGCCCCCAGAUUAUAGCUCUGACCCGAGAAUAUCAGCCUGUGCCUUCCUGGGACGAGCCCUUUUAAGAAAAGGGCUGUCCAAAUUUGAGAGGUAUGGAAUGAAGGGGUACAGUUAGGGUUACCCCAGAAAGCCCUAAAAACUGUUUGUGAAUCUCCCCACCCCAGCCAGGCCUCGGCGUACGCAUUUUAAAAACUGC